AUGUCGUCGGGGAACUCACCCCCGUUAAUCAGCACACCCGGCCCGUCCAAUAAGGGACGUCAGGCGAUUCACAAGCCAACACCUGCAACCCGUACAAGCUUGACGGGACUCGGGUUGGACAGCCAGCCCGGGCCUUCGGUCGCGGCCCAGGGGUCCCCGAGGAUCGGACCGAGGGAAGGUAAUCUUCCCUCGUUGACCGAUCCCUCCGGGCCCUCUCGGCCGCGGAAGAAGGCCAGGUCUGAGUCUGACCGAGGCUCGUCAAGCGACAAGGAUAAGCGUCCGCGACUGGGUCCUUCCUCCAGAUCGGAGGGAGAGGAAAGUGCGACCACAUCCACCGAUCAUUCCUCAACUGAAUCCGUGACUCCUUCCACGUCUAGAUCUUCGUCCCCCUCUGGGAGCCCAAUCCCAGCCAAUAAGCCAAUUCCGAAGCCUAGGGCCCCCGCCAGGACAGGGACAGCCCUUAGGCAACUACGAUCCCCUCCACGUUCUCCCUCCCCAACGUUAUCCCCAAUCCCGGUGGACUCAACCCGAGGUGCCCCCGCCCUAAGCGGCACGGCGGGCAACCUGGAUUCCACCAGGUAUAUGGACCUCGAGUCCACCAGACCCCAACAUAUUCCCUUACCGACAAACCCCAAGCCUUCUACCUCCUACGCUGCCAUGGCAGCUAGGCCAGUUGAGGGAUGGCGUCCAACCCGAGGGCCCGCGCAGUGUCAUCGCUGCCAGGCCUUCGGACACGCAUCCUACAACUGCCAUCGCGCGGUCCGCUGCGUAAGGUGUGCCGGAGAGCACAUUGUAGCGGACUGCCCGAGGCCGAGGGACGGCCCAUUCUCCUGCGCCAAUUGUGGGAAGGACCACGUCGCCGUCGACAGACGGUGUGCGGUCUUCCGCAAACGGGCCAGGAUGAUGGGAGUCACCGUCCCUCCUCCUGCGCCAGCGGUGCCUCGAGCCGGGGGUGCAGCUCCUCCGGCUGUACUUCCCAUAGUAAGGGGGAAGGGGAAGGGGAAAGGGAAAUCUUCCCUUCCCCCGGCCCCUCCCCCUCGAAACUCCAUUCCGUCCGCCGUGGUAGUGGAGGCUGAGCCGUCAGCGACCACGUUGAUGGCGCAGGCCAACCGGCCGCGGCGGACAAAUAAACCCAUUCCCGUUCCUCGUGGUCGCACUUCCGCUGGUGUCACACCUACACCUCGCCCGACCGGCGGUCCUGCACCCGGAAAAAAUAGUAAUAGGAACAAAAAGAAAAAACAAAAGAAAAAAGAUAAAAAAAAAGAAGCACGAGAGAGAGAGGAAGCCAUCAGAGCGACUGAUGCUGCACCUCUCGAACAAUCCCAAAUGGUCGUUAAGACAAUGGAGGUCAACGAGGCCUCCCCUACUGCCCAAACAUCGAACUCCAAUCCGCCAUUGCCAUCGAACUUGGCCGAGGUGAUCUCCGGAGUCAUCCGCGAGAUCGCCUCCGGCGCUAGCCCUAUCGGGGCUAUCCUGUCGGGGUUCUACCAGUUGAUAGCGAGGCUCAAUGGCUAG